CAUUAAUUAGAGUCAGUUCCAAUCUUUUAGCGCAAGCAGACUUGGGCACAAUGCACCUCUUAAAGAAAGCCACGGGGCAGAUGCAAAAGAAUAUUGAGUCAAAAGCAAAGGAACAAGAAAUCUUCAGCUCCAACGGAUUCUUUCAUCCUAUUUUGUCAAGAGGAGCGAAGAGUGAAUGGACAACAGGUCCAAAAUAGGGUUGGGUUGGAGAGUUUUUAAAUAAGUAGUUUCGGAGUCAUUUUUAUUGCAGGUCUAAAAAGGGCAUUGAAUGUCUCUGUUGAUUGAACUUUAAGCAUUAAAAAUGGGUUGUGGUCCUUGAAUUAAUAAGGUCACUGCUGCUUGCCUGCAUGCUGCAUUGCUGCUACAUGGUUGCAGUUGUCUAGAUACUGUCCAAUGCAGUUAGUAAGAUUGAUAGUUUACCACUCCGUAGUAAAAAAAAAACCCCAAUAAUAAUGGCACAUCAACAUUUGCAUUUUUACAACCUCAAUGACUGCAAAAAAUGGAACUUGAUUCCAAUAGUUCCCAAGUAAGUUAAACCCAAGGUUGGAAUAUGUUAGUUUUACAAAAGUAGAAAUAAAUUUUUAUUUUCAAAAUUUACAUUAUUUAUACACAUUAUAAUGGAUAUUUACAGAGAAGAAACAACUUAAAUGUUACUUAAUUCUUUCCCUUGGGAUUCAUGCGGUCAUGAUUCUUGAAGAAGCCGCUAACUCUUGAACGUUAUGCAAAAUGUGGAUGCAUAUCCGAACGGCACCCAAACUCUUUCUAAAAUGUACUUUUUUUAAAGCUUUUUAACUAAUUCUCUAUUGUCACCUCCUCAAGCAAAAUUUGGAAACUUGGACAAAAUGAUUCCACUUUUCUGAAGGCCUAAUGGCAAUAAAUCAUGGGCCUUAUGGAGUCUUAAACAUGCCUCUUCUCCUAGAAAUAAGCACCUUUACUGGAACCAUAAUCUUGACAUUUGUAUCACUUUGACCAUCAUUCACCAUGCCUCUCCCUCCUUAAAUUCUCCUUCACACCCCCCAUUCACUUCUCUUUUACACCUCUCCCUUUACUGUUGAGACAUUGGGGAAAAAAAAGAAAAAAAGAAAAUGAGAGUUUCAAGUAAGUUCUUGGCUUCCUUGGUUGUUCUGGUUUCUUCAGUGGCUAAUGCAGACCCUCUUGUACCUGCACUCAUCAUCUUUGGGGACUCUGUUGUUGAUGUUGGGAACAACAACAACCUCAAUACACCUAUCAAAGCAAAUUUCCCACCAUAUGGAAGAGAUUUUGUUACUCACAAUCCAACUGGAAGAUUCUGCAAUGGAAAACUGGCCACAGACUUCACUGCCGAGUACCUCGGGUUCACUUCAUACCCACCAGCUUACCUUAGUCGAGAUGCCAGAGGAAAUGCUCUCCUGACUGGAGCCAACUUUGCUUCAGCUGCUUCUGGUUUUUAUGACAGAACUGCAAACCUAUACCGUGCCAUUCCAUUGACCCAACAGUUAAACUACUACAAGGAGUAUCAAACGAAAGUGGUGAACAUGGUAGGAGAAGCUAAAGCUAAUAAUAUAUUCUCAGGCACCAUACAUCUUUUGAGUGCAGGAAGCAGUGAUUAUAUUCAGAACUACUAUAUCAAUCCUUUAGUCAAUAGAGUCUAUACACCAGAUCAGUUUUCCAACUUUCUCAUAACCUCCUACUCUACUUUCAUUCAGAAUCUGUAUGGACUAGGAGCAAGGAGGAUUGGGGUGACAACCCUACCACCAACAGGCUGUUUGCCUGCAGCCAUCACCCUAUUUGGUGCUGGAAGUAACCAGUGUGUUGCAAGGUUAAACCAAGAUGCUAUUGCUUUCAACAAUAAACUGAAUAGCACAACCCAAAGCCUGCUGGACAAGAUGCCUGGUCUCAAACUUGUCGUGUUUGACAUAUACCAGCCUCUCUUGGACAUGGAGACGAGGCCCGCUGAUCAUGGUUUCUUUGAGUCAAGAAAAGCUUGCUGCGGAACAGGUACUCUAGAGACAUCCCUGCUUUGCAAUGCCAGGUCUGUCGGAACAUGCUCCGAUGCUACAUCAUAUGUGUUUUGGGAUGGAUUCCAUCCCUCCGAAGCUGCUAACCAGGUUUUGGCAGGUGAUUUGCUAGCACAGGGGUUCUCCCUCAUCUCUUGAAGCUAUUUCCUUCAUUGUCAUAGAAAGUAAACAAAAGAAAACACUACCACCUGCUCUUGUAAUCUUCUCAUACGCAAAAUAUAUUAGAUAUUACUAAAAUAUGAACUUCGUCAGUCUGACUGUUUUAGCAGGAUAAGUUUAGUAGUUUCACAUGUAAAACCUCCAUAGUUAUGCUUGUAGCAUCUUGUGUCAGGGAAGUUUAUGCAUUGAUCCUUGCCUCAAUAAGAUGAUUAUGAUUGUUAUAAUUUAGUCAACUUGUUCCAAGUAAGGAAACCAAAUGCAAAUUGUUAUAUGAUAUAGUAGCAUAAGCAUAGUGAAAGACGUGCAAACUCUUUUACUCUGCCCUUACUAGCAUACAACUGUUGGGUUGUCAUUUAUUGCAUAUUCCGACAUAAUCAAAAUUUGCUAUUGGUGAAAUCAUUUUCGGAGCUCUGCCCAAGUUAUCUAAGUUCUUCCACAAGUAGGCUUCAUUUUCUAUAAAUCAAUUCUUCCAGUCAUUUUCUUCCAUUCCUAUAACAAUUCUCUGUUCAUCCAAACAGUAUCCAUUAUCUUUAAAUUAACCAUAAAUUAACCAUCAAUAGACCAGAUGACAAUUGGAAGACGCUUAAGCUUUAUCAUGGAUAUUUUAAUCCAUUAAAUAUGUAUUUGAUACAUAAAAUUAUAAUAAAAUAAAAUAAUAUGAUAUUAUGAAUAAGAUUAAAUUAAAUAAUGUUAUCUUAUCUUGUGUUUAAUAUAUACAAGGAUUAAAAUAAAAUAAUUUAUUUAUUGAUCAAAAUUAUCCUUCCUUAAAGUAUAUACAAUUCAAAUUAUUAA